GUAUACAUUCAUAGGCCUACGUUAGACGCCAUCUUAAGUUGACUUGAACAAAGUGCUUGCAAAUCACCAUUACAUUAUCGAGUUGUUCUUCUUUAGGCGAAGUUUAAACAUCAAAGGACAACCAAUCGAGGAGGUGAACUUUCUUCAGGAUUUCAAAAUACGAAGGUCAACAUUCUGAUCAGUAUGGCGGCUAACUUCAGCUCUGCAGAAGACAUCUGUGAAGGAGAGAACUGUGAGGCAAUCACAGAUGUGACGUACUACGUGAAGGAGAAGAAGAAGCUCUGCGAUAACUGCGCCUCCACAGGGGGAUGCAUCGGUAAAGCAAGAAAGGGUGGGACCAAUCUAUAUUGUGUGAAGCAUGAUGAAGAAAUCAAAUUGUAUUGUAAAAAACAUGGUGUAGCACUGUGUUAUUCAUGCGCACAUAUAGAUCAUCAUGAUCAGUGUUGCGUGCGGCAGGAUAUCGAGGGCGCGAUCAUGGAAAGUAAAGCGAGUCUAACCACUCUGAAAGAAAAGGCAAAAGACAAAUUAAAGCUUUGUCAAGUUUAUGGAGAUCAGAUUCAACAGUGUAGGAAAGACACCGACACCCAUCUACAAGCUUUGAGAAUUGAAGUUGAUUCGGUAAUCAAUGAGGCGAUCCAAACAGACAAAGGCAUAGAGAAGGAGGAUGCUGCAAAGAUCAAUCAGGAGUUUAAUGAGAAGAACAAACAACUUCGAGAGAAGAUUCGAAAGAACGAUGAGGAGAAAAUGAAGCGACUUGAACUGAACCGUACAAAUGCAGAGAAAAGACGAGAACCCAUCGACAAUAAACAGCAUAGUCUUCAAACAGACAUUCAAAACAUCGCUAAAGAAAAGGAGAAAAAGAUUGUAGAAUUGGAGAAAACAUGGCAAGAUAACACAAAAACCACAAGGAAUACAAUAAAGACACUUGACACGGUACUCGAAGAUGAUAACAAUGUCGCCAAAGAUGGGCAUCAUGUGAAGACAUCAGUAAGUGAUGAACUUAAGAAGCCAUUAUCACUGAAUGAAGGUGAGGUAAAACAAAUCACUGGUACCAUAUCGGGUGUGAGGUUUGUGAAGGGUGCUGGGAGAGAGAAGUAUGAUGGGAGGAUUGAUAGGUUUGAUGGGGAGUGGAAGCUCAUCGAUACAAUCAAUGUCAAAGAUAAAAUCACAUUCCCGGUCAUUGUAGGAUGCAUAGAUGAAUGCAAUGUGAUCAUCUCAGACAGACUAAAGGGUAGCCAUGUUUAUACAUACAUUUUAGAUAUGACCACUAAACACAGUCAGAGGGUGUUAACCGGCAGUAAUACAUCAAAUGUUACCUCCUGUGUAUUGCUGAAUGAAGGCGAGGUACUAUGCGGUAGAUACAGCAAGGGUUGUACAAGGGGUAGUUUGGCUGGAUGCAUCAGUGUGCAUGACAGACGAUUGAAGCUCAUCGAUUACGUCACAAUAGCAAGAAACACAACGGAUGAUUUCACAGGGGUGGAUGUAGCUGUUGACCAGGAUGGGAUGAUCAUCGCUGCUGAGUGGGGUCAGUCAAAGAUAUACGCCAUCAACCCAGCUGAUCGUAAGAUCAUGAAACCAAUCACAUGUAGAGAGAAUAUAAUGUUGCGGGGUGUACUAUCAUCAAGUCACAUAAUCGCUCAACCCUACCCACGAGAUAACAGACUGUUCAUCAUCGACAGGCAGGGUGCUCAUAGGCCGGAAAUCCUCCACAGUGGUGUAAUCCUGAAUGCCUGCAUCGAUCCUAUGAUAGACGACCUCUACGUCGUGACAUCAGAUGAUGAGUACAAGACGUGUGUGAUUGAUCAGGUGAUGAGUGGGGGUGGUGAGAAGAAGAGAAGAGUAGUGUCAUUCCCUCUACCAACUAGACUGCAUGAUAGGAAGGGUCACCUUGUUUCAUCUCAGGUGAUGAUGACAUCAUCAGGGAAACUGAUUGCUAGCGAUGGAGACAAAAUUCUCGUAUUCAAAAAGCUAUUGAUCGAGCCUAUAAAUUAAAGGCCCGUUCACAAUGACGCGGUAAAUAGGUUUUUGUUUCUUUUUACUUUUUUCUUGCGAGUUUAUCUGUUUUACUUGUAUUUCUUAUUUUGCUUAAAGAUGUAAAUGUAAUGCGCUUGACAUGUAUAUAUGUAUCUUAAUAACACAGAUGACAGUUGCCAUUCAUUUACACAUUUUUGUUUUUAAACUGCCGUGGUCUAUCGCUUUAUAUCUGAACAAGUCAUGAACGAAUCCGUGUUGCUUUACGCUGGUUAAGUAGGCUUAUACAUUCUGAAUGAUGUAUCAUUUAUCACGUGAGUCAGUUCCAUGAUCAGAUCACUAAUGAGUUUAUGACGUGUUUUGUUUUGUAUGACGGCUUGUCAUGACAAAAACCAAUGCUCGAUUAUUGAUUGUUUGUCUGUUUUAUUAGCUUUUGUUUUUGUAAUCUAUCAUUAAUUGUAAAUAGCCACAUAAUACGUAGUAUUCUAAGACUAAUUUGUAUGGAUCUGUCGUGUUGCCAAAAAAAAUAUUAGUCAUCGAUAUGUAGGGACUUUUUUGACGAAACCAAUGUUAAAACAAUGACAUAAAUUGCACGUUGUUUGUUUGUAUUAUCUCAUAUCUGUAAUAUAUCAUGAAAAUAGCUACAUUAUACUUGGUAUUUGUACGAGUAAACUUUAUUGAUGAUUCGUGCUAGAAACUUCAUGUAUGACAUUUUUUUGACAAAACCAUUCUAACACACAUCGAAAUUAUUUGCAUACGGUCUUUGUCAUUAUGGUUGUUGGUUUGUGUUUUUUGGUAUUAUUAUUUUUUUAAUCUGUCAUAAUUUGUAAAUAGCUACAUACUGUUAUUUUGACAAAAGAAAUACUACGACAAUGACAAAAAUUGCACGUUAUUGUUUGAUUUGUUUGUUCGUAUUAGCUUUUUUUCGGGUAACCUUUAUUGAAAAUAGCUACAUUAUACUAAAUUAU